ACAAGAGAAUUCGGAUUUAAACGAUCUUACGUGUCAUUCCCACAGUUUCAGUCAUUCAGAAAUCACUUUGGAGACUUUUGCUCUAACAAAAACUCACGUGCCAACGCCACAAGCAUGAAGGCUCUGAUCCUGGUCGGGGGUUACGGGACCCGGCUGCGACCGCUCACGCUGAGCGUCCCCAAACCGCUGGUGGAGUUCUGCAACAAACCCAUCCUGCUGCACCAGGUGGAGGCACUGGUCAAGGCCGGAGUGGACCAUGUGAUUCUGGCGGUGAGCUACAUGUCGGAUCUGCUGGAGAGAGAGAUGAGAGUCCAGGAGGAGAGACUUGGGAUUCGUAUCUCUCUGUCUCAUGAGAAUGAGCCUCUGGGAACGGCGGGUCCUCUGGCGUUGGCUCGAGAGCUGCUGAACGUCGACAACGAGCCGUUCUUCGUCCUGAACUCGGACGUCAUCUGUGAUUUUCCGUUCAAAGAUCUGCUGCAGUUUCACCACAACCACGGCAAAGAGGGAACCAUCGUGGUAACGCGGGUGGAGGAGCCCUCUAAAUACGGCGUGGUGGUGUUUGAGGCGGACAGCGGCAGAAUACACCGCUUUGUUGAGAAACCGCAGGUCUUCGUCUCCAACAAGAUCAACGCCGGCAUUUACAUCUUCAAUCCCAGCAUGCUCAGCAGGAUCCAGCUGAGACCCACAUCCAUAGAGAAAGAGAUAUUUCCUGUCAUGGCAGAGGAGGGACAUCUGUACACCAUGGAGCUACAAGGGUUCUGGAUGGAUAUCGGUCAGCCUAAAGACUUCCUUACGGGGAUGUGUAUGUACCUUCAGUCGCUGAGACAACACGCCCCCGAGAGGCUGCGCACGGGGCCCGGAUUCCUCGGCAACGUUCUGGUGGACCCGACGGCGCAGAUCGGGGAGAACUGCACCAUCGGCCCGAAUGUCUCCAUCGGUGCCGGCGUGGUCGUGGAGGACGGCGUGAGGAUCAAACGCUGCACGGUGCUGAAGGGAGCGCGGGUUCGAUCGCACUCCUGGCUGGAGAGCUGCAUCGUGGGCUGGAGCUCCUCUGUGGGCCAGUGGGUCCGCAUGGAGAACGUGACGGUGCUGGGGGAGGAUGUGAUCGUGAACGACGAGCUUUACCUGAACGGUGCCAACGUGUUGCCUCACAAAUCCAUCAACGAGUCGGUUCAAGAGCCACGAAUCAUCAUGUAGCAGCGGACGGAGGAGAAAAAAAAACCCAACGCCUUUUUAUACGGACUCGACUAAAUACCCAAACUGUGCCAGAAGAGAGAGAGGGAGAUUAACAGACGAGUGGAGAAGAGGGGGAAAAAAGAGGACAAGAGAAGGUUUUGUUCUUCUUUUUUUAAUUUGGACUCGUUUUUAGCCCUGCUUAGCUGCACCAAUCCGUCAAUCAGAAACAAUGGCGUAAGCAAAAAAGCUGUCAAAAAGCAGCCCGGCCCGUCAGGAAAGUUUAUAUUUGUUUAAACGUCUGUCAGAGCUGCAGGUAAAAACAUCCAACGCUAAAGUCCUGAACGUGGUGGAUGAUAAAUAUCUCCUGUGAACACUAUUUCGAUAGAGGGGCGAAGUCCCUCCCCCUUUCCGGUUGACCACCAUGGGACCGUAUUUCGGGAAAAAACCUGUACGAUAGUCACCGAUGAGAGACGUAUAAUUAUUUGAUCCCUUUAGAAUUGUGCCAUAAGUAACGCAUAUUUAAAAUACAUUUUUGCACAUCAAGAAAGUUGCAUUUUGUCAUAAAACUCUUGAAGUGUUCCAGGAUGUACUAACGCAAACAACGGGUCUCGCUCGUCCUUUCGCUUCCCCGGCUCAUAACAAGAUUUGCUGGAUAAAACACGUCGGAUAACAUUAUAAGAUAGAUGAUGGCUAAGCUAGCUAGCUAGCUAGCUAGUCAAGGUAACGGCUGUGUUGGUGACGUACAUUGAGCGAGACGAGAGAUGUAGUUCACUGAUCGGUUUCACACGAAACUAAAUAAUACUACAACAAACUAAGGUCCCAUGGGGGGCAACGGAAGGGGCGGGGCUUAGCCUCUCUAUAGGGCGAGGGCUGGUGUGGGCUGGGUGACUGUCAGGUGGUGGAGGGAUUAAUAUGAAGCCUGUUCAGCGGGCGAUACAGAGCAAUAUGAACACUGCUGUUAUGAUUCACUAUACAUUUACAUUUCCUGCACAGCUACAGAAAACAGGCACUGAAGGAUCGUAAUGCUGCAGAGACUGGAAUCAUGACUGACACUGAGAUUUCUGAUCUGACAUGUUCAACUAAAUGCAGUAUAAGUUAAUUCUUUGGCCUGUCCCUGGGAGAGCCACAAGCUGUAAACAAUCUAACAUUUUAUCAUGUGGUUUAAGAAAGAGUUGAUUAUUAUCUGAUUUGAGUUGUUUGUGUCCACUAGAUGAAUGUAAUUUGAUCGGUUUCUAUAUAAAGAUAUUUAAAAAGUGAACAAAAUGCAGCAAACCUUUUUAAUAUCUAACUGCAGUUUAUCAAGUAUAUUUACAGAUGUUUCCGUCAGGAUGCAUCUGGGAUAUUCUACUUGUUUUUCAUUUAUGUUUAAGUGUUUCUUUAAGAGUACCUUAACGCCCCCUGAAGACCUUCUUUUUUUAUUUUGCUAACCUCCAGUGGUUUAACUCGUCACUUUGCUGUGAUGAUGUACAGGUGUACUCCGGGACACUGUGACAUCACUAAUGGGUGUGGCUACAGGUGCAACAGAAGUGAAACGAGCGAGAAGCUUUCCACUGGAGAACAAAACACGUUAGUCAUGACACAAGGUGAAUUUAUUUUUCCUGUUUCAUUCUUACAUUACCUCAAUAUCUGUAAGAAGUUUGAUGAAUCUCAAUCUUUAAAUUGCUGACUACUCAUUCAUUACACACUAGGAAACUAAAUCGUUGGGAUGAAAGAUGGAAAAGACAACUUUGCUGCUGUUAGAUCUUCAUCACAAGUGGGGCAAAAAAUGUAAAGUUUGUCCCAAAGGUGGUGCUCGAGUUAAGUUGAUGGUUGUUCCCUAAAUCUGUAUGGUGGCUAUUCUGGGACAUUUCAGACUCGGCUCAUCUUUCAUCAGUCGAAGCUGUACUUUCUCGUUCGCAGUUAGCUACAGCUAGCAUGUUAAUAAUGAUGUUAACAUGCUAAUGUUAUGAUUUAGCUUGUUAGCAUGCUAACAUACUAAUUUCUAGCAUGUUCCCAUCUUCCACCACAAAGACCCAAGAGUUUAAUUCCUGAACGUCGUGCUUCCUCUUUUGUGGUUGAAGCUCAUCAUUGAAAGGUGAUAAACAUGCAAAUCUUUAGCAUGUUAGCAAACCAUUUCAGCAUUCAUCUCAAGCAAUUGAGAAAUUCACUCUUUACUUCUAAGAGAACUGAAAUGUUGGACACGUGAAAACUUGUCUUGUUAGUGACGCUGGAUGAAAAGUCAGGAUUCAACCUUUUUGGGGGCCGUGAAUUUCUGAACCCAAUUUUCAUGUGAAUCCGUCCGAUAGUUACAGACUGUCAGAUUUUUUUUAGAUUUAGGUAUAUUAACGAACGUAGAGGGAAGAGUCUGUCGGUCUUUUAGGCAGAUUUCACUCCUCACAUUCGAAUGAAGGGAAUAGAUGAAGCUUCUAGAACUGUGUGAAAAACAAGACAUUUUAACAUUCAAUAGACACCUGGUAGUAUAAUAAAUUGUCAAACUUCUACAGUUGAAGGUUUCUGAAACUCGUCCCUGACAGCGUCCAUGUUUUUGUCACGUCAGCAGCUGAUCAACGGUAUUUAGAACAUGUUAGGACUUUGACUGUGUCUGAAUGAAUGAAGUCAAUUCUUGUAAUGAAGCCUUUUUAAAAAAAUGAAUAAUAUAAUCUAAUGACCAC